AUGCUUGCAGGUCAAAGAGCAGUUAUAACAGGCGCUUCCAAAGGUAUCGGGAGUGCUUUAGCAGUGCGCCUUUCCCAACUAGGAUGCGCCAUUACAAUGGUCUCCAGAAACGAGGCCCUUCUUUCAGACACAUUGGACAAGCUCUCCACCGAUUCCGACCAAAAACAUGAUUAUGUAGUGUAUGAUCUCCUGAAACUCAUGCGUGAGGCUGGAACAUCAAGAACAGAUGAAUUGAGCAAGACCUUUGACGAGAGCUCGAUUUUGGUUAAUUGCGCUGGAGUUGCAAAUCAUAACUUGUUGUACAAGCUUUCCAAUGAAGCUGUUGCGGAUACAUUGCAGGUCAACUUGCUUUCUCCUAUCCUUCUUAGUAAGAUGGCAAUCAUGCCUAUGAUCAAGUAUCUGAGGAAGACCAAGGUCGUUCCUAGCAUUUUGAACAUUUCUUCAAUGCUCUCAUUGAGUGGAGUUACAAUUGGGGGCACGACACCAUACGCUGCCCUGAAAUCGGGGCUUUUGGGAUUUACUCAGUCCCUACUGAACGAGUUGGGAGGUAAAGUUAGAGUGAAUGCAGUUUUACCUGGUCUAGUCCCAGAAACAGAAAUGGGGAAAACUGGAUCCAAGUCCCUCCCACAAGUACCACUUGCUGACGUCAUUGAAACAUGCGAAAAAGUUAUCACAGGUUCAGAGUAUAAUGGCGACUUAAUUGUCGCUGAUGGCAAGGGCUUUAGAAAAUUGGAACAAACAUAUUAA